AUGGCUUCCAACCCUUUCAACUCUGCCGAGAACACCAACUCAGGCCCUAAGCAGGAGAAGAUGAAUGUCCACCGUCAGAUGAUGGAGAACAAGUUGCGCGAGAACGAGGNNGGUGAGUCGAGCAUCCUUUCACCAUCUUUGCCUUGUCCUCAACCCCACCAACGCAUACGUAUCUCCGUCAGACGCCAUCAUGAGCCCCGCCAGCCAAANNAAACUCUCCGGCUUCAAGCAAAGACAGAUGAACAAGUCANNAACCCAGUCAAGCCCCGCACACUGUUCGCAAAGACCGCCGCCUCGAAACCCGAAGAGGAGACCGCCGAGACAAAGACUGAGAACGCUUGA